UAAUUAUGUUAUGAUUAACAGACAAUCGAAUUAUUUCUAUUUAAUUAUCAAUUUGUACAUAAUUCUGAUGAAGUUUUACCCAGUAAACACAAAACCGGGAUGAUAAAAAUAUUAGAUACAGAGAAUAAUUCAUGACUGAAUGAAAUGGCAAUAAUGUACAACGGUUGGAUAUGGCGAAAAUAUAAUUCACUUAUAUUUAUUGUAUUACUUACUGAACUUUAUACAUAUUUAUGCAAAUAUUAUUAUCCAGAUUUCUUGUAUAUCAAUUUUCUGAAUGGAGUUAAUGGUCAAUUAAAUCUUUGGGUAGAUCGUCAAUUAGUUAUACAGAUUAUUGAAUCAAUGCCACAUAAUCAAAAUAUCCCUAGUAAAUUACGUUGUCCAAGAAGACUACCUGAAAUUCAUAGACAUAUACCCGAACAUUUGUUCCUUGUUUUCAAUGGACUACUUUUACACGAAGCACUGGAUCGCAUUUCAUUAUCUGCCCAUAGACCUAUCCCUCCACGCAUUGAUAUGUUGCGCGUUAAGUGGAGAGCUGGUUUUGAACGUUUAACUUACAAUAUUGAUUUGAAGUCAAUGAACCAUACACUACUGCAUACUCCACUUCUAAAUAUUGCCAAAUCUGGUUAUAUACCAGCUACUCAGUCAGAUGUACAAAUUUCCCUACCAUGUACUGGAAGAUUUACUGGUAUAGCUCCGUUUCAAGUAAGAUUAGAUGUUCAAAGAGAAUUUGAAGGUUUAAGAAAAAUUCCACCAAUUUCAUUUAUCGUAUACAAAUAUUGUCUUAGUGCAUCUCAGCACACGCGAUUCAUUAUCAAAUGCGAAUGUCGCGCUCAAUGCUUACAAUCAAACACAUACAACCACCGACAUCCAAUUCGAAAGCGCUGUAUCCGACGUUGCAGAAAACGUUUUGGACUAAAUAAUCCAAACCCGAAACAGACUAAAUGA